AUGAAUGUGGAGGUGGAUAAUGUGGAGGAGAAAGCUGUCCAUUCAUGGUCCAGAAUCUCCUCUGCAGGACAGAAAGCCUUGGAGGAAGCACUCCUGGUCUUCAACCCCAUGUCCAAGGACCUCAGUGACACAGAGGCCCAACUUGUGGCCUUUCUCCAAGGUCUCCGGGAGGAGGGCUAUCAGCCCACUAUCCUUAGGAGCAAGGAUGUGUAUGGCUAUAGCUCCUGCACAGCCGACCCCCCCAGCCAAACCAAACACCACGUUGGCCCUGCGACUCAGGCCAAACCACUGCCCUCGGACGUUCCCAGAACCACUUCCAGGAGUUUGCUGGCUGUUCCAGGGACCAUCUUGGGGAGGUCUUCUAAAGUCUCUAGUUCCCCAAUAAUCAAAACCAGCUCCACCAACCUUUUGUUGAACUCCCUGAAACAGUCAGGCUCAGGCGGUGGCAAGAACUCAUCUGUGGGCUUCCCCACCCACAUGUACCCUGGGGUAUACCCGGCUAUGCGGCUCUCUGUUGUUCUAGAAGCCUUGGUCCCUUUAAAGGCUACAGCAUCCUGUUUAAACUCCAAGUACAAGCCUCUGGGGAUCUCAAAUUCAGACCUUAAGCUGCUGAAAGGCUCAGGGAGAUCCCGGCAAUCAGCUCCUAACAAAACCACUAACAAAGGGCACCGGUGUUUGAUCCGGAAAGCACCAGACCGGGCUGCCCUCCCAAAGGGUGGCCGUCGGGGUCCCAGUGGUGGUGUCCUUCGGGAGAGCAAUGCCUGCAAGGCCUCAGGCAUCCUAAACGGUAGGCGUCGAAAGAAGGUGACCCAAGUGAAGACUUCCAAGAGAGGGGCCAGGACUGCCUGUAGAGGUGGCAGAGGCAGCCAUCCAGAAGCCACAGGGCCAAAGAGGAAAAGGGCAGAGGAGGCUAAAGAGACCCCAGCCAAGAAGAAGAGCAAGUUGGGGCCUGGACUAAGCAAAGCUAGGCUAGUGCCAAGCUCACCAAACCUCCUGAAGUUCCGGGUCAUCAAAGUGAAUAAGCGAUUCUCUGAUGAGGAGGUGCGGCAGAGAGCACAGAAGAUCCUGAGAGUCAAUUUGUCUCCAGUGAUCCGUAUCCAGCCACUGCCCCACUCUGUCCCCUGAUUGACUCAAGGUCCAGUCCAGGGCCCAUUUCCCUCUGACCCAGCCAGUUCACACACCACUGCCCCCCUCCCUUCCACUCAUCCACCCUCCCCUGUGGAAAGGGGGAGUGAGAGACUUUGAUUCUCCUGUCGGUGGCUGGAGCAGCAGGGGUGUUGGGUGACAGUGUUAGCUGAUACCUGCAGACUCUGGGCAGCUUGCUCCAUUCCUGUUUCAGGCUCUGGCCACCAGACCCCCUGGGACUGCCUAAUGAGCUCUGAGCCACAUUCAGAAAUGCAGGGAGAUGCCUCCCCCAUCCUAAGGGAAAGAGCAGGGUCUUACUACCUGCUCUCAAAGAGCCACUUAUGGCCUCACCCCAACAGACCUUCCCCAAACCCUUGGGGGAGGCAGUUUUGUCAUGACGUGAUGCACUGUGAUUUGUUAUUUUCCAAGCUCUAUGUUUACUGAUUUCAUUUUGAUCAAGUUUUAUAUCUUUAUA